UUUAGUGUGUCUGUAUGGCUUAACAUAAACACACACAUGCACACACACACAUGCAUUAGGUAUGUGUGCAACAUGUUUGUGGUUUUAUCUGUUAUAAUUAUUGCAUAAUUAUUUAAUAUGUACUCUAUAGUUUAAUUAGACUACUUUCAUUUUUCAAAAUUAGCCACAAUUAUUGCUUGCUUGUUUAUUGAUGUCUCUGUAAUAUGUUGUAUUUACAUGUAUCUUCCUUUUCUUAUUGUGUUUAGAUGGGAUUGGUUGUCAAAGACUGUAACUGUGACACUUGGUAAUGAAGAUGUUAGAAUGGUCAUGAGUGAUUUCAUCAAGAAGACAGAUGAACCAGGAAAAGCGUUUUGUGUAUGGUGCAGUGACACACUUAACUACCAGAGUCGUGGCUACAAAUGUUUAGAAAAACAUGCUUUCAGUAAAAAGCACAUAGAACGCUUGAAGACAAGAAGAACGACUUACAGCCUAGGGUCAUUUGGCGCUGUACCUGUGGUAUCAUCUAAACCAACAUCUGCCCCUGCCACUGCAACUGGCUCGACACAACAAGCAGCUUCAAAACAAGCGGUGCCUUUGUGUGAUAGAGUUUCAAAUAUGCAGGUACUCAUUUUUUUCCCAUAUUUGUUAGUCUAGUGUUUAUAAUAAUGAUAAUAAUAAUAAUGUAGUUUAGGUUUUAUAUUUUGUUUAAUGCACAUGUGACCAUGGUGACAGAGAAUUAUAUAGUGUUUCAGUUAAUAAAGAUUUGUUUUUUAAUACAAUGGUUUAUCUAUAUUCAGUAUCACUCUCGAAAUACCAAUAAUUUAAACAACUUUAAUUGAGAUAAAAUUCAUAUAGAAAACUUUUUAUGACAGAAAAUUCCUUUUCCAAUAGUAAAUAACAUUUGUAUCAUUUUCAGUUCAUAUAUAUUUUUAAUUACAUAAAAGUUUAUUUCCAUUUUUCCAGGCUAUGUACCUAGCAGUCUUAGCAGAGUUUUCUUUGCCACUGUCAAUGAUGCCCAUCCUGAUUGAACUGUCAAAGGCUUCAAACCAAGACCGCAAAGCUUUGGAUCGACUAUCAAUGGAUCGUACUUCAGCAUCCUAUAAAAUGAAAUAUGGACUUGCAGAAUGGUUCCACGAGCAGACUGUGAGUGAGUUGAAAACUGAAUUUUUCUCCUUGAACAUUGACGAGAGCACAAGCAGCAACUUGCAACGUGUCCUAUCAAUACUAGUGAGUUACUACUCCCCUUCAAGAAAACGUGUCGUUGUUCAACAUUUACACUCAACCAGUGUAAUCAAAGUUGAUUCUCUGUCAAUUUUCAAUCAUAUUGUGGAUGUCUUUGACCGAAAUGAAAUUCCAUGGCAAAAUCUAGUGUCCGUACUUCUUGACUCAUGCAAUGUGAUGAGGGGUUCUAAAAGCGGUGUAGAAUCUAGGCUGCGGGCAGAAAAGGCACGUCAUCUCCUUGAUGUAGAUGGAGACUCCUGUCACCACAUUCACAACGCCACACACAAAUUUUGCAAACCCUUUGAUUAUUGGAUCGAACAACUCCUCCAUGACUUGUACAAUGACAUGAAGUGGUCAACGGAUAUAAGAGAAUGGUUCACAGAAAUCUGUCUGUUGCUUGGGCUCAAAUUCACCAUGCCCGAAAGAUUUGUGAACCACAGAUGGUUGUCCUGCUUUGAUGUAUCUUCUGGCACUCAACGUUUGUUCGAUGCAUACACUGUAUUCUACUAUAGUUUCAUCCCGAAAGAUGAGAAACCACUGUACACCAGUGUUGUGGCUUCCAUUCUGUCCCACAGAAACAUUAAUCCAGAAGCCAAGACUCGAAUUCGUGAGCUGCAAACCGAAAUAUCCAACAAGGUGAAAACUUUAACGGCUGAUGGCAAGAAGAGGAAAGAGCGUCUUGUUGAACGUCUUUUUUACAACAGACGGAAGACCAGACUUAUUCUGUCCUUCUACAUUGCAGUGUUGCCAAUGUUGAAGAGUUAUGUGUGCCUGUUCGAAUUGAAAGAGCCUAUGAUACACCUCCUGCAUAAUCAGCAAGAAGAGUUAUUCAGAAAUUUUCUGUCCUGCUUUGUAAAGCCUGAAGUGCUGCAGAACCUGACCGCUAAGAAAAUGAAAGAACUGUCCAUUUCUGAUGAAGUAUUGCUAGAUGAAAAAGACAUGUUCUUUGGCAAAACAGCGACAAGUCUCAUGGAGAUGCACAGAAAGGAUUCUGGAGUGGUGCAGUUUAAACACCAAGCAAAGCAAGCCUAUGUUUCCUGUGCUGUUUACAUGCAGAAGAAGUUGCCGCUGGACAGUACUCUACUGCGCUGCUUGUCAGCUUUGAAUCCAAAGGUUCGAGGAGGAACAACUACACUGAAGAGGCUUAAGAAACUCCCAAUACUACUCCCAAAUGUCUUAAAUGAUGAACAAGCAGAGGAGUUUGGUAGAGAAAUCCACAACUACAAUGUAAGUGGCAGUCUUCCCCCCUUCAAUGAAGAUGGAAAACCACUGAGGCUAGAUGUGUGGUUCUCGAAACUCUUCGAAGAUAACAGCUAUCCAGCACUGUACAAAAUUGUGCGUGCCAUCCUCUCCAUUUUUCAUGGACCUCAGGUGGAGUCAAGUUUUAAUGUCAUGGGUGACAUCAUAGACUCUAGAUCAGGACGCAUGAAUAUUGAGACGUACAACAGUAUUCAGAUUGUGAAAUACGGACUGUCAUCUCGCAAGGAAAGUGAGUCAAGCGUGAGUGUGGCAUUAGAUCAGUUCAGACGAAAGGAUGUGGUGUAUGACCCAGUGGAUGUGCGUCUCUGCCAUAAAAUCAGAGGAUCAUCAGGGAAGUACAGAAAGAUAUUGGAAGAACAGCGACAAAAGUUAGCAGAGAAACAGGCAUCCCUGAACAUUUCAGCAAACAAACUACAAUCAAAAUUAGCAGCAAAGCGAGCACAACAUGCUGCUGAAAAAAAAGCUAGGCUUGAACAUCAGCUGCGGCAAGAGAAGGCUCAGAGGAAAGCGACCAUAGGAGCAAGACUGAAAAAGCUUGUUGCUUUAAAAAAAAAAAAAAAG